UAUGUUAAUGUAGAAACAAUGGAGCAACAAUGCAUCAUCCCAGUUGAUGCCCAUUCAGCCCACGAAAUAGGACUGACCGGCUUAUCUAUAAACCUUCCCAGGGUUGGAAUGGAUUGGGAGUUAGCCAUAAGAGAGUAUACCACAGCCCUAAAAACUUCCAUUAUGGACCAAACGGAGUUCCAACCCAAACUGCUUGCCUCUCACACCAUUUCCAACGCGAAAACAGAUGAAAUAUUCACUAAUCUUCUCAUACAACAUGGAAGAAAACCCCUCCCCAGGAAUGACGAGACAUAUUCAAGGAGUGAAGACCUUGAGUAUUUCGGAAAAGUCAGCGGUACUCCAGUUAAGCACUGGGUACUAUAUAAAGAACCGUGCUGA